AAACGAACAGCCUAUUAAGAAUUUUGACCGGCGAUUGUAAUGGCAGGGUUAGGGUUACGGCUAAAGGCGGCGAAAUGGAUGUUGAGGAGCGGAUCAGCUACUGUAUCGAGGGGAUGGUCGUCGGAGAUGGGGAAGGGUGUUCGUCGCUUCUCUACUGAAACAGAGAACGAUGUUCCAACUUCAGGAAUCAGUAGACCACUCGCUGAGAUUCUCAAGGAGCUUAACAAAAAGGUUCCAGAUUCCGUCAUCCGAACUCGAGUUGAAGAUGGGUUCUCCAUGAAAUACAUCCCAUGGCACAUUGUUAAUCGGAUCAUGAAUAUGCAUGCUCCAGAAUGGUCAGGAGAAGUUCGAAGUGUCACUUACUCUCCUGAUGGUAACACUGUCACUGUGGCUUAUCGCGUGACUCUCUACGGCACUGAUGCUGAGAUAUUUAGGGAAUCAACAGGUACCACUUCUGUAGAUGACAAAGGCUAUGGUGAUGCUGUGCAAAAGGCGGAAGCAAUGGCAUUUCGCCGUGCGUGUGCAAGAUUUGGAUUAGGGCUUCAUCUUUAUCACGAGGAUGCUUUGUAAUUAAUGGGUCAUCUUUUAAUUAACCAUGGGAAAGUGUAGUUUUUUGGUGUUCCCACUGCCUAGUAGUAGUAGUCGUUGAAGGUAAACUCAGGGAAGCUUAAGUUUUUGGUAUCUAAGAUCUGUAUCUGCUGAUAUUGUUUGCUUUAGGAUUUAAAAUCGGUUAAUGAAAUGAUCCUCAGAGG